CCAGGCCAGAUGCCAGUCUCAUUUGUGCGCUAACGGAGUCGCUUGUCGCCCCAGGUGACAGCCACGACCAAACGGACGCAGACAAAGGACAACAGCAGCAGCAGCAGCAGCAGCAGCCACAGUCGCAGCCACAGCCACAGCAUGCCCUGCAACGAGAGAACUGCGCUGCUGGCAGCACAGCGACAACAACACCAGCAGCAGCAGCAGGAGCCGCACAUCAUUCUGGUGCCCAACAAGGAGUCAAAGGAUUAUGAGCCCGUUUUUACGAUUGCUGACUAUUCGUACGGCUUGUCGCUGGAGGAGCUGCUGCCGUUCGGCUGGGAUCCUUGGUGGCAGAAGGCGCGUCGUCUGUGCUCCGUCUGCCUCUGGCUGGCAUUUCUCCUGACUCUGUUCUCUGCCCUGGCUCUGGCCUACUACCACGACACGGCCACCAUCUGUCCAGCUGUUCGUCUGCCGGCCGCAACCCCCACUCUGGCGCCACCCGCAGCACUCGCCCUCGCCUCCAAUGGCACGCUGCUGCUGCCGGGCUAAUGCGAGCUGUGGCAGUCGGUAAGUGGAGCGCUUGUGCUCUCCUGCGUGGAUUAUUGGCUGCUGCAAUGGCAUGCCUAGGAUUACAUCAGCCUCUGCGGCUGAGCCGAGAUGAGCGAUAAGGCGAGGCCAAUCAAUUGACUUUAGCUCUUCAAUUAUUUAGCAAUUAACAAUUUGUUAUUUAUUUAAAUGCAUUAAAUAGGAAAUAUCAACGAUA